AUGUUUAAAAGGAAGCAAAAGAAUGUGGAAACAGAUUCCACCAAAUGGAUAAAGAUUGAAGUGCCAAUUGAGAAUCCUCAAUCGGAUUUGACGCCGCCAACUCCAAGAUUGCUAGAAGGAGAAGAAUUGGUAAAAUACAAAGCGGUAUUGAAACACUUUUCCAACCCAGAUUUGCUGAUCCCUACCAAAGAAAAAAAAAAUGCGAGUGAUAACGAAAUGAAACCAUUGACCGAUUUUGAGAAGGCGUGGCUAAGCAGAGAGUGUAUAAUGCGAUACCUUAGAGCAACCAAAUGGGAUACGCAGGAUUGUAUCGAUAGAAUCUCGUUAUCCAUUGCAUGGAGAAGAGAAUUCGGAAUCUCCAACUUUGGUGAAGAAAAUGGUGACACUUUAACUUCAGAUCUUGUAAGUCCUGAAGCUGUUACUGGUAAAGAGGUAAUUUUAGGGUUUGAUAAUGACUGCAGACCAAUUUUGUACUUGAAGCCAGGGAGACAAAAUACACCUACGUCGCAUAGACAAGUUCAGCACUUGGUUUUCAUGCUAGAACGCGUCAUAGACUUCAUGCAACCAAGUCAAGAUUCAUUGGCCUUAUUGAUUGAUUUUAAGGAGUACCCAGAUGUUCCAAAAGUACAAGGAAAUUCAAAAAUUCCUCCAUUGGGUGUUGGUAAACAGGUACUACACAUUUUACAAACACACUAUCCGGAAAGACUAGGAAAAGCCUUGUUAACUAAUAUACCUUGGCUGGCCUGGACAUUUUUGAAACUAAUUCAUCCAUUUAUUGACCCAUUAACCCGUGAGAAAUUGGUAUUUGAUGAACCAUUUUCUAAAUACGUGCCUCAAAAUCAACUUGAAACUUUGUAUGGUGGAAACUUAGAUUUUAAAUAUAAUCACGAAGCUUAUUGGCCUGUGUUGAAAGAAAUAACAGCCAGAAAGAGAAGAAAUUAUUUGGAAAGAUUUGAGAAAUUCGGUAAGAAGAUUGGAUUGAGUGAAUAUGAUUUGAGGGGGGACCAUGAUGAACUAAAAUUUCCGGUUGAUUGA